AUGUGGGUUGGAUGGGCGCGCUGUGCUCGUCGAGUCGUUCGACACGAUGUGAAGGCGCCACGAAGGCUGCUCUCCACUCAAGCACCACAUGAUCUUUUAUCGAAGACUACUCGCAACAUUGGUAUUGUAGCUCAUAUCGAUGCCGGCAAGACGACCACCACAGAGCGUAUGCUCUAUUACGGUGGAUACACAAGAAGAAUAGGAGACGUUGAUGAAGGGUCCACUGUGACCGACUUUUUGCCUGCUGAACGAGCGCGCGGAAUCACUAUUCAAUCUGCAGCAAUCACCUUCCAUUGGCCACCUCAGGAGCCUGGCGCAAAACCUCCUCAGGCACCUGCGUCCUUUGAAUCUAUCGCUCCUUCGACUUUUCCGCACAAUGUGAACCUGAUCGAUACGCCUGGUCACGCAGAUUUCACUUUCGAAGUUCUCCGUUCUCUUCGUGUGCUAGAUGGAGCCGUAUGCAUCUUAGACGGCGUCGCUGGCGUUGAAGCGCAGACUGAGAAAGUCUGGACGCAAGCUGGCAACUACAGAAUCCCAAGAAUCAUCUUUGUCAAUAAGCUGGAUCGAGUUGGCGCUGCGUUCUCCCGAACUGUGAAGGAGAUCGGCGUCAGGCUUCAUGGUUGGCCUGCUAUCUGUCAGAUUCCAUGGUGGAAAGGCGGCAAUGGCGACUUCGUUGGUGUUGGCGAUGUUGUCAAUCUUCGCGGCAUGCUCUGGCAGCCUGGAGGUGAUGGAAGAGACAUUCAAGCGGCCAGUUUAGAAGAGUUGGACAAGACCGAUGCAAAGUUUGCCGAAGAGAUUAGGAAGGCCAGAGUCGCGCUUGUCGAGAUCCUGAGCGAGCACGACGAUAUCAUGGUCGAGUCCUUCCUCGACCACGACGAAGAUCAUCUUGCUAUUCCGGCUUUGCACGUCUGGCAGUCGCUGCGACGAGUAACACUUCACAGCUCUCAGGCUGUCAUACCUGUGUUUGCGGGCGCCAGCUUCCGCAAUGUCGGGGUCCAGCCUUUGCUAGACGCAACAGUCGAUCUACUGCCAUCGCCUCUUGAGCGACCAGACCCAGAGAUCAGCAUCUCAGGACAGAGCAGUACUCUGUCUGCGCUACUUGACGCAUCAGCGAAUGCCAAGUCUGCAAAAUCCGCGAAGAAGCCGCAGCAGUCGGGAGACUUGGCAAUCCCCGAGGUCAAGAAUCUUGCAGCUUGUGCCCUCGCCUUCAAGGUAGUGAAUGACACUAAGCGAGGUGUGUUAGUAUACGUGCGAGUCUACUCUGGAUCACUAGACAAAGGAUCAACCCUCUACAACACCAACCUGGGAGUCGCGGAACGCGCACCACGCUUGCUCAAGAUGUACGCCAAUGAUGCUGUAGAAGUCGACAGCAUCGGACCGGGCCAGAUCGGUGUCAUUACGGGUUUGAAGCAUGCAAGGACUGGCGACACACUCAUCGUGUACCGAGGCUUGCAAAUGAGAGGCACUCCUGCGGGCGGACUGAAUACCCUCCAGCUCAGGCCAAUCAACGUGCCCCCACCGGUCUUCUUCACAAGUAUUGAACCACACAGUCUUAGUGAGCAGAAGCACGUCCACGAGAGUUUGGCAAUCUUGCUUCGAGAGGAUCCAAGUCUGCACCUCUCAAUCGACGAGGAAUCAGGACAGACGCAUCUUGCAGGCAUGGGCGAUCUGCAUCUUGAGAUCGCACGCGACCGCCUGCUCAACGACUUCAAGGCGAAGGCACGCAUCGGCAAGAUCGAGAUCGGCUACCGCGAGACUAUCACCUCCGCAACAUCACCAUACACCUACGAACUUGACAAGCCUAUCGCUGGUAAGCAAGCCAAGGCAACCAUUACAUCCUUCGUCGAGCCUAUUGACGAGAGCAUGAUCAUCCCUGACGCCCAAAUUGAGACGGAGAUCGAAAACGGUCCCUUCGAAACGACCUUCACCCUGCCAGACAACAACACCCUCAGCAUCUCCCACCCCAAUCUCUCUCGACACGACUCGGCCUCCCACAAAGCACACAUUCCACCACAUCUCUCCCUCCCAGGCAUCCUUCAGUCCCUCCAAGCCGGCGCCUCAGCAGCCCUCGCCCGCGGCCCCUUCAACGGCUUCCCCGUAGCCAACACACUAGUCCGCAUCAACCUCGACGCCAGCACGCAACUCUUCCCCGACACAACGCCCACUGCCCUCUCAAUGGCAACGCGCGCAGCCAUCAACGCCAGCCUCCGUUCCGCGAUCGCAGCAAGCGCACCCGCACUAAUGGAGCCCGUGAUGAACGUCACCAUCUUCGUCCACGAAUCCUCCCUCGGUGCAGUCGUCCAAGACAUCUCCUCCGUGCGCGGCGGGCAGGUGCUGUCACUCGACGGCAGUGAUUCGAUCGCGGCGUCGACAUCGACGGAGGACUUGCCGCGCAUUGAUCCGAACUUGAUCUACACGCCGCCCGAUCCGUUUGCAAGCGGCACAGGCGACAUGGGCAGCGGACUUACAGAUAGUCAGCGGCAGAUUGUGGCUCGCGUGCCGCUGAAGGAGAUGGUGGGAUACUUGAACCAUCUCAGGGCGUUGACGGGCGGGAGAGGCACCUUUGUGAUGAGUGUGGAUGGGUUUGAGAAGAUGGGGAGUCAGCGGCAGAAGGAGGUUUUGGAUAGCAUGCGGGACUUUUAA